CAUUGAUGGCAGUGGUCGGGUAUUCUCGGGUUUCUGCGAUGGGUUUGGGGAGAGUUGGGUAUGUUGUGGGUUGGGAGUUCAUUGAAGACGUUGUGGGUAGUAAGGGACAUGGAUUCCGCAAUGAUGUGGGGUAGAUGUGUUGGAUGUGUUGUUCCGGUAUGUCGGGGAAAAGGAAGACAGGGUGAAGACCAGUUUCGUGGAGAUUGGAUCAAUGAGUAUAUCAAGGUAAGUGUUCCAGAAGCUGAGCUAGAAUAAAAGGGGAGAUGAAUGGUCGGUCAUUUCUCGUGAAAUCCCUACAGCGGGUGGACAGUUGUACAUGAACACACAUUAUAGUGUUCGCAAUAAUUGGUAGUUCCCUAAAACUACUGGUCGUGGUUAUUUGGUUGUAGGUAGAUUAGAUGUUACAUCCAAAGUGUUUCAUUUUCAUCUGUGUCCGAAAAAAUGGUGUUGUUUUCAGGUACGGUAAGGAAUGAAUGGUAGGACGUCAGUUAGCGCGUACUAGUAUUGCAGAUCUGAAACAUUGGGACCGGUGUUGAGGGCCUUAAGGAUUGAAGAGAUUGAGUAAUCCUCAGAUAGGGUUGAAGACGAUACCUGAGUUACUAUGUAGCGUCACCGUGGAGCAGUGAGGCACAGAAACACCCGAGAGAUCUGUUACGUUACGAAGUUUGGGUCCAGACCGAAUAGAACAACCGGGGUAUCCUGUCUUGAAAAACUUGCGAAGAAAAAUUGACACUCAUUUCAAAACUUGAUGAAUGGAAGAUGCUGCAUUUAUCUGAAGGGAAGAAAAGUUCGUAGAAUUGGAAGCAAGUUCAGUAACUCCAGCAGUGGUUAUAGCAAUUAGCCUUACUCAUUCCACUAUGUUUUUCGCUACUGUGGGUGCUGUUGAUUAAAAAAAAAAUCCGUCGAUCGUC